AUGACCUUGCAAACUUCCUCUACACCACAUGUGAAAUGUCCAGACGUACCUAUCGGUCACUCAAAACAAGAAUACUUUGUAUUUCUCAACACUUCUUCUCACUCCACCACAUCAGUGACCAAAAGUCACUUUAAGAUGCUUACUGAAUGCUUUGGACUUGACGUAGAAAAAGUGACGUCCGUAAAGUCCAAAAAUGGAAUGGUCAAGAGGUGUACCGCCAAUGAUAAAAAAAUUAUAGAUUUUUCAGUUAACAAAAGUUUUGCAGCGUAUAGUGCUUUUUUUGACGAAUCAUUCGUUGAACAUUACUUGCGCAAGGCGAAUGACGUGGAAUUCGUUGAAAAGGUUACUAAGGUAUCCGUAGAUGCAACUACUACCCAGUCCAAUGCACCUUUCAAUCUUGACCGUAUCGAUCAGGUCAAUUUUCCGUUGGACAAAAAUUACAAAUUUCCGUCUGCCGGUUGGGGAGUUAAUGUUUUUGUUAUUGACACCGGAAUCGAUACAAGUCAUGCAGAAUUUGAAGGGAGAGCAGUAUUUGGGGGUGCUUUUUGUGACGGUUGUAGAAAUACUGAUGAUAAUGGACAUGGAACUAAUGUGGCUGGAAUAAUCGGUGGAAAGAAGUUUGGUGUUGCUAAAAAGACCAGACUUAUUUCUGUCAAAGUGUUGGAUAAAAAUGGCUCCGGCAGCACCACGACCGUGGGUGCCGGGAUUGUGUUUGUGAUCGACCAACACAAAAAGAGUAAAAAUAAAAACUCGAUCAUUAACAUAUCCAUUGGUGGAAAGCAAUCUAAAGCAAUUAAUAAAUUGGUUGAAGAAUGCACAAAUGCCGGUAUCCAUGUGGUAGUUUCGUCCGGAAAUGAUGCAGCAGAUGCAUGCAACACAUCACCAGCAUCGGCCCCAUCAGCAAUUACUGUGGGAGCCACGGAGAAAACUUCAAAUCAAGUUACAGAUUUUUCUAAUACAGGAUCAUGUGUGGAUAUUUUUGCUCCAGGAAGAGAUAUUGUUGCAGCUGGAAUUAUUGGCAAGGAAAAAGUAUCAAUGUUUUCAGGAACGAGUCAGGCAUCUCCUCAUGUUGCCGGCGCGCUUGCGUUGAUAAUCAGCAAUAGAGGAAACAUGAAUCCAUCAUUGAUGGCUAAAGAACUGACGAAAAUCUCCACAAAAAAUGUUGUCAAAGGUUUAAAUUCAUACACGCCAAAUGUGUUUUUGCGUAUUCCUAUGUGA